AUGAUAAAUCUCGAAGACUUCAUUCACGCACAGAGCAUCCCCUGCUUCUGCGGCAAAGAUCCUGCCGACGACUCCAUCUACUGCUCAGACAAAUGCGCUCUCAAGGACUCCGAUAACACGCUCUCAGGCAAACGCUCGCACUACAACGCGUGCGUUGGACGCGCAGCCGUGACGAACCUCGAAAGCCUCAUCCACGACCUCGGCGAACCAUGUUUUUGCGGCCGAGUUCCCGCCCAGGACUCAAUCUACUGCUCGGAAGAAUGUGCUAUUCAAGAUUCCUACAGUUCUCUCUCCGGUGUUUUCUCGCAUUACCAUGCUUGCAUUAAGCUCGUGCGGAAACGCGGCAAGGUCGCCGUAGGACGUCGCUACGACGGUGCCGCAGCCGACUCUGCAAGCGCCACAUACCAAGAUUACAAGAGCAAAGGCCCUCGGUUCCAGAUUCCCAGGUGUACGACGAGUCUCUCACCAAAGCAGCUGCUAACGCACGCGAUCGUGCGUAAACGCGUCGUACCUACCGCGUCAUAA